ACUGACAACACUAGCUAAACUGACAUUAGCUAAACUAGCAUUAGAGAUAUUAGGCUGUAGUAAACACAGGAAUAGUUUUGUUACGCUUUUUGUAUACUUUCAUGUUUAUAGAGUCUUUUUAAACUCAUUUAACACUGCAGACAAACUCAUUUUUCUAACUUUAACUCACAAACUUCAGCUUUCGUUUUAAUAUCAGACAGCCAGCAUUAACUAGCUAGUGCCUUGCUAGCGUUAACGUUAGUUUGCUAACUCCAAACUAAGACAGUCACCUGAAGAUGUCCUCCACCGGCAGUACAGGAGAUGUUUUACAGCAGGUCAACCAGUUCUGGUCCAUGUUGGAUGAGCUUUCUGAAAAUGACCCAGCAGGUUACCGUAGCUUCAUGGAGAAACAGAUGAAGGACGGUGCUGCGUUCAGGUCACCGCCUGAGCUCCACUCCUGCUUGUGCACUGAAAUACUGCAGGAGCCCAAGAAAGGGUCGUUGUACAUCAACAUAUGCAGCUGGAAACGUGUGCCUGCACCUCAGGAUCCCAGCAGGCCUUUACCUGUGUGUGCAGGAAAACUGGAAACAGACACAGAUGAAGGUCGAGGCGUGUACACUGUGUUGGAUGUGGCAUUAAACCCUACUGUGCUGCAAGAAAGUAUGAAAGACAAAACAGAGGUGUAUACACUGGCCUUGAGCUUUGCCCAGCGGCAGUAUGGGAUGACGUUAUCUCAGCGGUAUACUGUCGUCAGCUGUGGCCCAAAAAAUAGCCUAGAGGACUUGUACCGCCGGCUUGGGUUUCAACAGUGGUCUAACACCUCCAAACAAGCAGGCACAGCCAGUCAGACCCCAGCUGCCCUUCUGCAGCAGAUCUCCUCUCUACGCUCAGAGAAACAACACGAGGACCCGGCAGCUCAAAUUAUCUGCAGACCUGUGGAGCACAAAAAGAAGGAUUUGAUCCAGGUCAUCUCCACUACAUUUGUGCAGCCUCAGAAGCCAGAGUACCAACUCGAGGUGAAGACCGAUACAGAAGGAGUUGCUCACAGCAUGGAGCUGACAGUGGAGCUGCCAAAGGUUUGCUCCGUGUCAGAAUGCCAGCUGAGAAUCUCCAAGGACGACAUCUUACUGGAAGUGGAGGAUGUCUACUAUUUACUUCUGGAAUUCCCCAAAACUGUGAUCGAAGAUACUGCGUCUGCCAUUUUUAACAAGAAGAAACGGAGGCUGACUUUGAGAGUGGAUGUUUUCUGACAAUUUGCCUUGAUGGAGACACAAAUGCACAGAGAGGUGAACAGUCAAGCUGGGAACGAGCUGAAGAAACCGUAAAGCUCGGAGUAAACUCUGACACGGAGGAUACCUCAAAGUAAACAACCAAAACAAACUAAAUUCCUGCUAUGCAAUCUGAAAAGCCUUGUGAGCACAUUAUGCUAUGCAGGGACUUCCAGCUAACAAACAAUAAACAGCUCCCCUGUAAACUGAUCUGCUCCCUGAUCAAAAGUAAUAUUUUUACUGGGACAAAUGUGCCACUGUGUCCCUUUGUGCUGUGUGGGCUGAUCUGCAGCAGCAAAUAUAAUUCUUAACCCCCCAAAAAUUAACUGACUUUAAUAACAAUCUGUGUGUUUUGUUUAUUAAUGUGUGGGUGUACGAGUGGAGGUGUAUAAUGGCUCCGAGCUGGAGUACAGUGUCAUUACUGUCAGCCCGGGGAAUAAUUGAGAACAAAAUGAUCCAUGCAAUAAUUCAUGUUUAUUAAAACAUCAAAAUUGAUGCAGAACAACAACAUCACUGUUUGGCAAUCUGGAACGUGUGAAAAAUGUCAGUAAACACUUUUAUUUUAAGGUUUGCAUACUAUGCACGGAUUACAGCUUUAUGGAGCACAGUUCGGGUUAUUCAUCGUAAAUCACGUUGGCUUUAUUUUAUAUUUCAGUUUCAAGUAUCACAUUACUGACCAUUAAUUGGCAGUCGCACAUAUUAAUUCAUGAGCUGCAAACAAUGUCUAAUAUCCAUCCCUUAAAAAUAAUGUGGCACCCAAAUGUCAAGUCAGAUUCUGCUUAUGAAACAUUCACUUUUAAAACAUGGUUUUGUAUCGAAACAAUGUAAGAUCCAUUGGUCCCAGUUAGCUGUAUUAUAACUUUUCUCUAUUACAGGGAGACACCCCAGGUGAACAUUUUCAACUCAUCACCAUGAAACCUCCCCAGUUGAUUACUUACAGUAAGACAAUUAUCUCUUUUAAUACAAGUUCUGAAAUGUUAUUAUGCAAAUGAGGCAUUACAUAAUUAAAUAUUCAUUGAUAUGUGUACAUUUCCAGUACAAACACCUGAACAUUGGAUAAAGCCAGCUUCAAAAUCCAUUUUUUCCUUUUAAAGUCAAAGGUUUUUACAGAGGGAAUUCUUUUUAUCCAUCCAUAAAUCUGAAAACACUGUCAACAGCCAUUAAAAAAUCUACUAUCACCCUGUUUUUAGGAAUAAAAUGUUCUAUAAAUCAGGCUAUGAAUGAUAUAUUAAUAACCCCCCUCUGUUAAAACCUUAAAUAAUAUAGAGAGGAACAAAACAGGAAACUUUGGUGUAUGUAAGUGCGACUGAGGUUAAGAGUUUUUGGCUCAGAGUAUGAGAAAAACUCCUUUUGAGAAAAUGGCCUUUAAAGAUACGUAUUUAAAAUUCCAUACAUUUUUAAACAAAGACACGACACCAGGGUGAAAAUUUAAAUAAUAGAUAUCACCAUGAAACUUCCCGUUUUCUUACAUUAAGACAAUUAUUUUUUUGUACGACCAGUUUUCUGAAUUUUUAUGUUUAAAUAUGCAAAUUAGACAUGAUCUAAUUAAAUAUGUGCUUUUUGCAUACAUCACAGAAUAGAAAUCUGAACUAAAACAUUUUUUGGGAUGUUUUCUUUCCACUAGCCUGAAAUAAGGCAUGA